UUGUUGCUGUGGACCAAGUUCGAGCCACAGGAGGCCACAAGGUUUCUCACUGGCACUGCCGAUGGCGGUUGAGUUGGAUCAAUCGGCAUCUCCGAUUCUGACCCACGAUAUCUUAAGAUGGAUAUCACAAGAGUAUCAUGACAUGAAUGGCUCGUCAUUUCAAACGCUUGAAAGCCCUCCUACAGCAGCGGAGUUCGCACAACUAGUCCACGUAUCUAGACCUGUUGUCAUUAAAGGUUUCCAAAUCCCGGCCUUGAAACGAUGGACCGAUGAUUACUUGCAGAACAAGCUGCAGGAACAACCUAUAUCGGUGGCAAUCACACCAAAUGGGCAUGCAGAUGCUAUCGCGGCUGGCCCAGGAGGCAGGCUCUUUUUCGUGGAACCUUUUGUCGAGAAAGUUCCCAUGGAAAAACUCCUGGAACGGCUUAACACGGACCAGGACGGUGACAACGCCCCCACUUCUUAUCUCCAAUCGCAAAAUGGGAAUAUAUAUUCUAGUCGUUUCUUUGAGUCGCCAAACGAUGAUCCGUCAGAAUUUGGUACGCUCAGAGAAGAUGUUCCAAGUAACAUUCCAUGGGUCGCCGAAGCGCUAGGCAGAAAUUCCGAUGCCGUCAACCUUUGGAUCGGAAACAGUAAAAGCAUAACGAGUAUACAUAGCGAUCCGUACGAGAACAUUUAUACUGUGAUACGUGGAAGGAAACACUUCACGCUCCUCCCACCCUGUGAAGGAUGGUGUCUUCGAGAACGGAUGUAUCCUCACGCAGUGUACGACCGUUCUGACAAUAGCAAUGGUCUGAGUGUUGUUCCUUCUUUGGAUAAUCCUCAAGUCCGCUGGUCUUCAGUCUUCGACCCGAACCUUCCAGGGUCACUGCCUCCAGAAGCUCAUCCAAUGCAUAUCACACUCGAAGCGGGAGAUACAUUGUACCUGCCAGUUGGCUGGUGGCACUACGUAAAGCAAUCUGGCUCAACUACUAUCGCCCUUAAUUGGUGGUAUGACGCAGAAGUACGAGGGAUGAAUUGGAUUUGGCUGAACUUACUCAGGGGCAGCGGGGAUAUGCCUACAGGAAAUGAUGAAACUGACAUUCGGUGAUGGACCUGAUUGGUGGUUGACAUAACACACACAUAUCAUUGUCACCGCAAGUAGCUAGGAAACGUUUUAAUGGUACCACUAACGCGAAGUUUUAUUCAACCAACGGUCAAUCUCCACAUUAUGAAACGUGACAGCUUGACUUUGUGACAGAUUGUCAGUC